AUGGAGAACUUCCUGAGGCUGCUUAGGGAGCAUGGGGACGCUCACCCUCCCCCACCGGAGUUGGUGACCCUCGCGGGCAAGCUGUGUCGGGACUUCAAACACAACCCUGUUCAGGUGCUCCAUCUGGUUAAAGCCAUUCUGGACAGCCAGCAUCGUUGGGACCUGCUAAACAACGUAGACGUGGCCCUGGUGUGUACUCAGGUCCUGAUCCAUCAAGAGCAGCAGCUGUUAGCCCUCCAGAUUCUACAGGGCUGUCGGGUGCCAGGAGGCAGCCAAGAGCUGGUACGACUCUGGAAUGACGUCCACUAUCACCUGACCAUGAGGAGGCUGUGUGUCUCCAAGCUGAACCCGGGACAGAAGUUUCGCUGUAGGAAGAGGAACCCACCACCCUCUACCCUCUGCCCUGAGGGCCCUAAGAACCGGAACUUCCUCCCAGAGGUUCGCUGCCAUCUGCAAGACUUUGCCACAGGUGUGGGUGCUUAUCCCAAGAAGGCCCAGUUGGAGAAACUGGCUUCGGAGACUGGCUUGACUCCUGAGCAGGUGUACAACUGGUUUGCCAAUUAUCGUCGGCGUCAGAAGGCUCUUCUCCUGCACAUGCAAAGAGCCCAGGAGGCCACAUCAGAAGUCUCCAGUGCAAAGGAGAGUGGCCCUGAGCCGCUGCAGCUCUCAGGAUACCAUCUCGAGUCUGUGGCUGUGUCCCAGUGGUCAGGUGAGCAUCGCAAGGGCUUCUUGGGGGCUGAUUUCUGUGGCAAGAUCUAG